AUGCCGCGCGAACGAGAACUGGAAGGGUCGGCCCGGGAUGUGGACGAAGUGGAGAGCCUCGUGGACAAACUCCGCAGUGGCCAGUUCUCAGAUGCCAUUUCCGCAGCUCAGCGAGCGACCGAAGCACAGGAGGAACAGAUGUGUCUCAGACCUGAUGGCACAGUGAAGAAGGCUGACCCUUUGUCAGCAUUUGUACAUGUCGCUUCGGCACCACCAGGUCCAGAAAGCGUUGACCCAGAUGAUGAGCUCAAGAAGUUGCGUGAAGCCAGAAAGGCCCAGCUGCAGAAGGAGAGCCUGUGGAAGAAGCAGGGCCACGGAUCCCUGCGUGAGCUGGCAGAUGAAAAAGAGUUUAUCGAGACGAUUGCACCGCACGAGCAAGCACUUCUGCUGCUCGAUGACGGUCGGUCACCUGCAGGUGAAGAAUGCCGAAAAGUUUUGGGCCGGUUGGCCGGCAAGCAUCUGGAGACCCAGUUCUGCUGGCUACCAGCGGACCGUGCGUUCUUCCUGACGCAGAUGGUCGAUCUUGAAGCACUUCCGACAAUCUUUGCAUUGAGAUAUGGAGAAGUGGUGAGACAUUUGCCGCCGAUCGGCGAAACCCAUUUGGUUCCUCUCAUGGGGAUCAAGCGACCAGCACCUCGCCCCGUGGAGAAGCCCAGCGUGCCGGUCACGGCCAACCGUGCAGUCGGGAGGGUGAAGAGCUACAACACCAGAAAAGGCUUUGGCUUUAUCACCGUGCCAGACUUUGGGCGUGACAUUUUCGUCUACAACUCCCAUCUGAUUGGACGUAUCGGACUCCUUGCAGGGGAGACGGUGUCCUUCGACCUCAUUGUCGAAGGUGGCCGGCCGCAAGCGCGGAAUGUGAAGGUGCUGGGAGGGGAUGGUGGCGUUCCUGACAUGAUCGGCCAGAACUCGGUGGCAGAAGCGAAGAAGGCGCUGGCACAAGGGCCACGAGCUGGAAAUCUCCCCUCGAGUCAAACCUCAGUGCGCGAGAUGACACUCGCAAUGGCGGCAGCAGCGGCCGAGGUGCCGACGACUUUGCCACAAAAGAAGCCACAGCAGGACGAGCCCAGGAGCGCGGAGGAGCUUCUGAAGGAGCAGAUUCGGAAGGCCCAGACAGAAGCCACGACGCGCAAGACAGCCCCCAUCGUGAAGCAGCCGCCAACCGUCAGCUUUGGUGGGCAGCAAGAUGCGCGACCGCCGGCUACAGAACAUGAGGGUAACCUCCCGAAAGGCAGUACGGUUCGCGUCGUGGGGUUCCCAUCUCCGGACGUCGAUGGCUGCCGGGACCCUGAUGAAAUUGUUGGGAUCUCUGUAUUUUGGGUCAAGGAGGCACCCGCAGGAGCGAAGUCUUUGGCUCGAGCCAAGUGUCCAAAAUGCCAUGACAGCUCCAUGAAGGUGAAGGUUGUGCGGAAGCGGAAGCCGAAGGAGUCGCCGGAGGAGACAGAGAGUGCUCCAAAGGAGCCAGCACCCAAGCGCAGUGGACCCUUGUUAAGCCAGAGAGGCAACAAGAAAGCCAAGGCUCCCCUUACAGUUUCUCAGCGACAAGCUCGAAACAGACGGUUAACAGAGCAGUUCCGCGACGAUCGCCUCCGAGCAUCCUUCGGGAGGUCCAGGGACAACGAUCCUGUGAAUCGAAAGAAGUCCUUGAUUCCGGAGGAGUUGUGGGAAGACGGGCAAGAAGUUGCUCCGACCAGGAAGAAGGUGAGCAAGCUUGGGGAGAACAUCGAGGCACUUUCAAAGAAACCAGAUGCCCAGCUUUCUGAUUUGCUGACGAAGGCAGGGAUAGUUCCAAAUGUUGUGAAGCUGGUGCCGCACCCACUGCCCAUCCAAAUCAGAGACGCUGCAGAGGCACUGCAGAACAUGAGGAAGGGCGUGUGCACUGGGACGGUCACCGGCUACGACCCUCAAACUAGCCGGUACAAUGUAGAUGUCGAGACGCCCGGUGGAGAUAUACAGAUGAUGUCGCUGCGGGAGGAGUACUUGCAGCUCAGCGACAAGGCCGCGGCAGACGGUGGGAAGGCUGUGCCAGCUGCACCACCCCCACAGCUACCAGGUGGUAGCAGUCAAGGCCUGCAGAAGUCAGCUGCUGAUGCUCUGAGGCCGUUCAGGGCUGCAACGCCAGCUUCGUUUCUCAGCAUUCUGCAGAUGUCGCAAGGAGGUGGAUGUCAAGCAGGAGGACCGACCAGGCAGCAGCAGCUACAGGCCAUGCAACAGGCCCAGAUGGGGCCCGGAGCCAUGGGCAACAACAUGGCAGGUGCUGGGCAGAUGAGCACCCACCCUGUGGACGGUUCAGCUAAGAUUGAGUCUUUGGGUGACGAGCUGAAGAGGGAUGGCAUCGAGGAAUUGCUUGCCUUCCUCCGUGCCACGAACUUUGACCAGCAAGAAGCCCGGGCGAGGCUCCUCGACACAACGGAGUGGCGCGCUGCCACCUUGGUCAAGGAGAAGCUGCACUGCAGAGAUUGGCGUGCAAAGGAGCUCGCGAUGAGAAGUAUCCUGCUGUAUGAUUAUGUUGGUGCAGACAGACAUGGGCGGCCACUCCUCAUUGAGAGGGUCGGAGCUUGGGACAUCCAGGCUGUGCUCGAUGCGACUGAAGACCUGGAGAAGUUCACCCUGUUGCAUGCCAUGGCCGACGAGACAUUGCUGCAAAUGAAAAGGCCGACGACCGCCAAGGACCCUCGUGGCUUUGUUCUGAUCGUUGACAUGGAGGGGCUGGGCAUUUGGCACCUUCACCCGCGCCUUAUCUCAGCCUUUGCUGCAGUCAGCCAGAUAGACGAAUCGCACUAUCCUGACACCGUUGCCGACAUUUUCGUGGUGAAUGCUCCGUGGUACUUCACAUCCCUGUUUGCCAUGGUCCGUCCCUUUUUGAAUGAGGACACUUACACCAAGAUCCAUUUCAGCAGAUGCGUUCCGGAGGAGAUGCUGCAGUGCCUCGGAGAGGACUGCUUGCCUGUCGAGCUUGGUGGGUCGCGUCCCUUGGCUUUGCUUCAGCUGACUUUUCGGUGCGAUUCACCUUUUGUGCUGGUGUUUUUCCAUAUUGUCUGGAUGCGUCGCCAUCGCGGCACCCUGAUGGAUGCCAUGAUGAAUGCCGGCGGCAUGUCAUAUGCCAACGCUGGGAUGCAGGGCAACCGGAAUCCUGUCGAUGCCAUGCGCAGCCAGAGGCAGAUUCCGCCAAUGGGCAUGGCGCAGGCAAGAGGGAACCAAGGCGCAAUGCUUUGCCCUCAGACUGACUUCAUUGAGACACGAUCCCGUGCACGUUUCAGCCAAGGACUUUCUCGGGGUGCACUUGGCAAGGCUUUGCAGCAGAACCAGGCGCAGCAAGCUCAGCAAUCGCAGCCUCGGCCAGCCAUGCAGCAAGCGCAGGCAAAGCAACCUUCGCCUCCAGCGCGAGCUCCUCCUGCGACGGGCGGAGCACCUGAGGGCCGCCCGGGCCAGGUGUGGGUGGUGUUGAAAAGCAACCACUUCAGCGAUGUCAUCGUGCGUGCCUCGCAAGAGGUCACAAGCCGAGAAUUGCGGAGGCUGAAUCCAGGGGAGGUUCUCACGCAACGCGACAUGACCAUCAUGCUGCCGAACGGCCUUGUGAGGAUGCCAGUUGAGCCAGAUGGUUGGGUGACCGUCCACGCCCGCCACAUCAAUGGCCCAACAUUCCUGUCAGAAGCACAAAACGAGGGGUGCAGAGCCUAG